AUGCUCAAAAAACCAGGCUACCAAGUUGAGCCGUCCGUGAGGUUUCAACCAGGCGAGAUAUUCAAAGUGCAUUGGUCAGAACCCCAAGGCGCCAGUUCUGAUGGAGCGCCGAGCGUUUCCGGCAAACACGAGAUUCAGAACAGAUUCGGCACAAAGUUUUUUGUCGGAUUUCGACGCUUCAUUGUGAUAGCAAAUGACCAGGGCCACUGUACCUGUGUACCUAUCCUCACAUACGGGGGCAAAGGGUGUAAGAAGAAGGGCGUCAAGGCCGACAAACACGGCAUUAUUUAUGAGCGCAACGGCAAAGCGCGCCUACUCGAUAAGGAACCAAAGCUUGGGUUCCCACCUGUCAGGGUCGAUAUGAAGCAAGAGGGCGAGAAGCUCUCAAAAGAAUCUCGCGUCAAUUACUCUAAGCUGGUCACUGUGGAACACAAUGUGAAGGUGUUUUUCAUAGGAUCAAUCGUGUACAACGACUGGGAGCUCGUCAGCGAUGCCGUCAACCACUGCUGGAACAAAAAGAACCAUCAGAAGCAGAGGCAUCGAUAG